CUUAUUUAUUUGUUAAAUUUAUUGAAAUUCCAAGAUGAGCCGGAACUACAAGGAGGAUCAGACCAACGAGGUCGAGGCGCUGGACUCCAUAUACUGCGGCGAAAUGCAGAUUCUCGCCACGGAGCCACACCACAAAUUCCAGAUUCCCAUUGCCACGGAGGAGUACAAUGCGGAGGAGCCCGAGAACGGACUCUGCUGCAAGCUGGUCUUCACCUACACAGCCACCUAUCCGGACGGAGCACCCGUGGUGGAGAUCGAGGAGCCGGAGAACUUUGAGGACUCGUUCGAAACGCGCCUUUUGGAGCACCUCCAAAAAACGAUCGAGGAGCAUCUGGGCAUGGAGAUGAUCUUCUCGCUGGUUAGCAGCGCCCAGGAGUGGCUGAACGAGCGCUGGGACGAGCACAAGUUCCACCAGGAGGAGCAGCGCGAGCAGAGGCUGCGCGAAGUGGAGGAGGAGGAGCGCAAGAAGUUCGAGGGCACCCGGGUGACGGUGGAGUCCUUCCUCACCUGGAAGCUCGAUUUCGAGGAGUCCACCGGCAUUGCGGCCAAGCGGGAGACGAACAAUGUGUCCAAGAAGCGAACUGGUCGCGAACUCUUCAUGUUGGACACCACGCUCAACGACUCGGACAUCAAGUUCCUUUUGGAGGCGGGCGAAAGCAUUGAGAGCGUCAAAAUUGAUGAGGCUCUGUUCCAGGACCUGGGCGAAUUGGAUCUGGAUGAUGAUGACGAUGAGGAUUGGGUGCCCGGCGCGGAGGACGACGAUGAUUAAGUUAGAUUCUCCAAGGCAUAUUCGUGUGUAUUGUGUAUAUAAACAUUAAAUGCCAACUCGUUUAUUAAUCUAA